AUGUCUCUGAGUAAGACAUAUGCUGCUUCGUUGGGUUUUGAAGGACUGCUUUGUAUCCUUGGCCUUCUGGGAAACAUUUUCAUUAUUGUCAUCAACCUUCUUGAAAUCCGAAAGUUGCAAAGUUUUCCACCAAGUGACUUGAUCAUCCUGGAUCUGGCUGUUUCCAACGUCAUUCUGCUGGGUCAGCUGUAUGCAUUUUCUGUGUACCAUUUGCUAGGCAUGCUAUGUCAUGUCACUAUGGCAUUUAAUAUUUUUGAAGCAAUAGUUAUGGCUCAGUGUUCAUGGCUCCUCACAUUGCUAUGCCUGUUCUAUUGUGUGAAGAUCAUCAAUUUUACACAGAGAUUCUUUAACCAGCUCAAGCACUGGUUGUCCAGUGGUGUAUAUUACCUGAUCCUUGGCACUCUUGUUGGUAGUGUUGCAAUAAGUUCCCUUCUUGCAUUUUGCACAUUAGAACUUAAAACAGGCAAUGCAACCCUCACUGGCAGCAACUGUACAUUGCCUGUAUUCCCAUCUGCAUGUAAGACUUCUUAUUAUAUAUACACGACAUUCACAAUUGUCCUGCCUUUCUUCAUCAUGGUGUUAAGCAGCUCCCUCAUCAUCAUCACUCUUGUCAGACAUCGGAAGAAGAAUAAGAAUCAUAAGAGUUUUGUUAGCCCACAUGACACUGUCCAUACCCGUGUGGCUAAUAUGAUUGUUGCCCUCAUUAUGACCUAUUUCUUGUUUGUAGUUUCAUUAGUUUAUAUGGCGAUCCUCUCUGAUUUUAAUCUUAACAUCAUACGUUUUCUGCAGGGCUUUUUCCUUUUUUGUUAUCCUGUGUGUAGUCCCUAUCUGCUUAUUUACGGAAACACAAAACUAAGGACUAUGUUUGCAGAUCUCAUCAGCUGUGUGAGAGGCACAGGGAACUCUUAA